ACUACAUCUUGCGAAGAGAAGGAAGUCUCAUAUUCAGAUUAUACAGUCAGUGUAAAAGGCCAGAGGCUGUUAUUGCUCUACUUCUGUUUUAAGAGUCAGUGUCUGCAGGUGUGGCUAGUUCUGGAGAAAGGAAAUUGUUUUUUGUUUUGUUUUUUAAUGCAAAGGUAAAUUUGUCUUCUGCAAAAGGACACUCCAGGAAGCAUGGACAGUCUUUACUGUGGAUUACAAGCCAACGGAAAAGGAAAGCUGGAGAGAACUCAUCCAUCAACCAAACAUUUCUGAUUUCUUUGGAUCUGAUUUAUUUCUUUGGAGUUCACUGGAUCAUAUUGGAUCAAGCUGUAACUCGUCUGUAGAAAGGGCAGGUGUUAUGUUUCAUUGUGGACGCUUUGAACACUUUCUGGUGCGUCAUUACAGCUGCUUUAUUUAUUUGCUGUGCCCUUAGACAUUAACUUCCCAUUUUGCCUCAGUCUUUACUCACCUGCUCUUUACUUAGCUUUAUUCUGGCUCUCCUAAAGUCGCACUUCAAAGUAGUGGAAAGUCUUAAGAAACUGUUUGGUUUCCUUGAAGCUGCCACUACGUUUUGCUCCUGCUGUGGUGUGUUUUCACCGUCACGCUCCAUAAGUAAACAGAAGACAUUACAUGAGACGGAGAGGAAGUCAGGUUUGCUCUGGAGAUAACAGUCGAGAGAAAGGAUACACAGACAAGAGGGUAGAAAAGAUAAGCUAACGGAGGGAAGGAACUUUGGUCACUCUUGAAAAACUCACAGGAGGACUGUUACACUUGAAGACAGGUGAAUGAAUUGAAGGACAGCUUGUCUCGCUGAAAUAUUUCAACAGCAUUGCGGGCUGAAGCUGUCUAAAACAAAGAAUUUUCCAGACUCUAAAUUUUAACAGGAGGUAAAUAAUUCCACCAAAUAAAUAAAUAUCACCACGGAUGGAUGACCAGGCUGUUAUUCAGGACAAUGUAGUUGCAGGGAAAUGGGAGCUCCUGGGCCGUUAUGUUUCCCCACAUCAUGGCAGAAGGAGGACAGCCAGCUGUGGGAACAGAAUCACAGGUGGACAUUGGCUCUCGAUAUUGACCAUCAUUCUCUCUCUGUGCAUGUUUGUGUGUGUCUGUGGCCAAAUGGAGGGGACGAUGCACUCGAGCUUCCGCAAGCUAAGUGGCCGUGAGAAGAAAGAGAUGCAAAAGGAGAUCCUGUCCAUCCUGGGUCUCCCAGGACGGCCUCGUCCACACCCGCCUCUGCGUCCUCCAUCAUCUGCGCCACUCUUCAUGCUGGACCUGUACCAUGCUGUGUCAGCAGAGGGGGAUGAAGGCCUAGGUGUGGGGUUCAUACCUGAGAGUGUCAGUCAUGCUGCAUUGCCCACCUUAAGCACACACACACCACCACUUGGCACGGUGGUCAGUGAGGCAGACACGGUCAUGAGCUUCGUCAACCUCGUGGAGCAUGAGCGAGAUCUAUUCCACCCUCAGCCCUACUGGAAGGAGUUUCGUUUUGAUCUGACACCACUUCCUCAAGGAGAGACAGUCACUGCUGCAGAGUUCCGCAUCUAUAAAACCCUGACUAUGGGUCAGAGAGCUAACCGUACCCUGCAUAUCUCCGUCUACGAGAUCCAGAGGGAAAAAAGACACAGGGAACCUGAGCUAGUUUUGUUGGACAUGCAGUCAGUUCCAGCGGGGCAGGAGGGCUGGCUGGCCUUCGAUGUAACAUCUGCCAGCAACCACUGGCUUCUGCAACCACGAAGCAACCUGGGCAUCCGACUGUAUGUGGAAAUGGAGGAUGACCGCUCAUUAUCUGCCAGCUGGGUGGGUUUGGUGGGCCGCAGAGGGCCGCGUUCCAAACAGCCUUUCAUGGUGACAUUCUUCAGAGCCAGCCAGGCCCCCUGCCGCCCACCUCGCGCUCUCAAACACAACACACAGCGCAGGAAAAAACACAAAAAUGACCUGCCUCACCCAAACAGACCAGGUUUAUUUGACCAAACUCCUGUGAGCAAUGGACGGCAGGCCUGUAAGAAGCAUGAGCUAUAUGUCAGCUUCAGUGACUUGGGCUGGAAGGAUUGGGUUUUGGCUCCUCCAGGUUACUCAGCAUAUUAUUGUGACGGGGAAUGUGACUAUCCUCUUGGAUCCUGUAUGAAUGCUACUAAUCAUGCCUUGAUCCAGCUUGUGGUUCAUCUUAUAAAACCUGACGAGGUUCCCAAAGCCUGCUGUGCACCAACCAAACUCAGCUCCAUCUCUGUGCUAUUCUACGAUGACAACAACAACGUAAUACUCAAGAAGCAUCGAAACAUGGUGGUUAAGACUUGUGGCUGUCUGUGAACACGUGUCUCUGUCUUAUUUAGUGGUUCCAGUCUGCCACUGUCCCCCUACUGCACUAUUCCUAACAAACACAAUUCUUGUUUAUAUAUAUACAGUAUAUAUAUAUUUCUCCUGGUGUAAAAAUAAGCUAUUAAAUAAAGAUGCAACAUUGUGGUUGGUAAUAAUUUAGGAAAUAAUCAGGAAUUUCAGACUAAUGAAUACAGAUGUAGUGUAAGGUUAUAGCGAUUUCCUCAUCCUAACACCACGAGCAUCCGAAAGCAUACAGCUGAGUGUAAUAUUUUAUUUAAUUGUGUGGAAUGUUUUGCUAGCACUCAGCUGAGUCUGAUGAUCAGUGUGUGUGUGUGUAUAUGGUGUAUUUUGUUGCAGGAAUAAAAUGACUAUUUUUUAAUAUAAUGUGCAACUAAUACGGACAGGAUAGGGCCAGUAAAUGCAUUUUUCCUUCUUUUUUUUCCUUUAAAAAUAUCCUACAGUAUAACUAUGUCUAUUCUUGGACUGAUGCUAAAUUAAACCACAACUUAUUCUGUAUGAGAAUUAUACUUUGUCAUGACAGAUGAAUAAAUUAAAACAAUUCAUAAUAUUUCCAACAUGAUGUUUUCUUUCGGCCCUGUCUACUGAUUCCUUUCUCUGGAUAUCAAUGCCCUACAGAAGGAAUAGAAAACUUGUGUGUGUGUGUGUGAAAUCGUCAUCAGUCCAUUCAGAUGUUGUGAGCAUUCUCUCUGUCUUAUACUGCCACCUGUUUUCAGAUUGUAUUGCAGUGAAGGAACAAUAAAAAUAUCUUUCUCAAA